ACCAAACAGUAAACUACCCAACAAUCAUCAACAUGUUCAAGCUGGCUGUUCUCGCUGCCGUUUUGGCCGUCGCUGCCGCCGCCCCCGGUGGAUUGACCGGUGUCCAGGUGAGCCAUGGUCUUGGACCGAUCCACGCUCCCCAGGUCGUCUCCCAUGCGCAUCAGUCUUACGCGCACGUCGUCGCUCAGCCCGUUGCCCCGGUCGUCCACGCUGUACCCAUCGUCACGCACACCGUCCUCAACUCCCACGCUCCCGCUCUUGCUCUUGGACACGGAGGUCUCCACGGUCUUCACGGCUAAGAGCCCAAACAACCACUCAAUUUCUCCCACAUUCAACAUCCAACAGAGGGUUCAGCGAUAACAUCCAGCCGAUGAUGAAGCAGACCCAAAACACCACAAUAUCAGCAGUCACCGACAUCCUUGCGACUACGCAUCAACGACGAUUACCGAAAACAACAAAUACAAAAUAAUCCGAAAUUCCCUUUCGAAAGAAACGGUCUAAGAAGCAAACUAAAAACCUGCAACAACGGUCUUUUUCGAUACUCUAAUCUGUGGCCAUCUAUCGAAUACAAUCAUUCCCCCUGAACUAAGUAUAUUCGUUGUUCUUUUUGUACUUAUCCGUCAAACGCAUUCGUUCAUCGAGUCAUCGAAUUUUCCAACACUUCCUUUGAUUUUAUGUUUUUUUACUCAUCCCCCCUCCCCCUUCCCGUCUCUUCCAGAAUAGUCCAAACACCAUGGAAAUUUUUUAAAUAAAAUUAUAAUUACGAUUCCAAAA